AUGACAGAACCAACCCCCCCAAUCGAACAAACCACCCCAUCCGAAAAACCCGCGGGGCAAACCCAACCACAACCCCAAACAACCACAUCAACAGAGCGCAAUCUGCCCCGAGUUACAAUCCAAUACUGCACGCAAUGUAAAUGGAUGCUCAGAGCCGCUUACUUCGCCCAAGAACUCCUCUCCACCUUUAGCACGGAUUUAGGGGAGGUGUCGCUCAUCCCUGCCACGGGGGGUUUGUUCCGGGUUACUAUGUAUCAUGUCUCGAAUGGGAUUGUGGAUGGGCAUGUUGGUGGGAAAGUUCUUUGGGAUAGGAAGGAGAAUGGGGGGUUCCCUGAAGUCAAGGUUCUCAAGUCUCUGGUGAGGAAUGUUAUCGAUCCGUCGAGGGAUUUGGGACAUACGGAUCGGGCGUUGAAGGCGAAUGCUCCUCAGGGCCAGUCGGCUCCUGCCGACGAGAAGAAAGCCGAGGGUCAGAAGGAAAAGUGUGAUGAUUGUAAAUAG